GUCACGGACACUGCUUCCGAGUCUUCGUUGAAGUAAUGUGAUUCGUAUCUGGUUUUGACGUUUGUCAGGAUCUUCUAAUAUGCGACUACCUCAAAUUGUACCCAUCAACACGAGUUUGCCUCGAGUUGGCUUGUCGGAUGCGGCUCGGCAAUCCGCACUGGCAGGCGAAUGUCGAUUGUUGAGUUUCCGAUCGGUGAGGCGUCUGAAGUGUGUGCAAGGAACGUGGUCAAGGUUCGUAGGGCUUUAAAACGAAAUGCGGCCGAACGCUACAGAGUCCUAGUAUCAUCCUGAAGAUUCCUAGGACCUAAAUCACAAUGGGUAGAAGCAAGAAUAUCGUCCUCUUUGGGCAGCCAGGGGCAGGCAAAAGUUCGCUCAUCAAUCUCAUGGCGGGAAAGAACGUAGCAAAGACAUCCAGUGACAUGAGAUCCUGCACAUUGCAGUGGCAAGAAUAUCCCAUCACAUUCGAUGGCAAGUCUUAUAAUGUGUUCGAUACCGUUGGACUGGAGGAACCACAGUUGGGAAUCCCACAGUACCUCAAUGCUGUCGAGAAUGCAUACACGCUCAUUCGGAAACUGGAGAGCAUCGAUCUACUUCUGCUCUGCAUGCGCGCAGGCAGACUCACUCCUACGCUUCAAACCAAUUACCGGCUCUUUCACGAAUUCCUCUGUGACAAAAAGGUUCCCAUCGUUGUGGUGAUCACGUACCUCGAAAAUGAGGACGGAGAAAUGGAUAACUGGUGGAAGAGAAACAGAGACAUUUUCGAUGAACGGGGGGUCCAUGUCGCUGGUCACGCGUGCAUCACUGCCAUCAGAGGCAAUUAUCCAGACCGGCAUGAACAAUCGCGCACCACGAUCCGUAAACUUGUCGAGGAGGUCACUGCUGGCGGGCAGGGGGCAUGGAAAGGAGGAGACAGCACGUUCGUGUCGUUCAUGCGUAAGCUGAAGGGGCUACUUGUGGGGAAGGAGAAACCGCGUAUGAAGAAGAAUGUGGCGUCUCGCCUCGCCAAGCGUUGCAAUUUAUCUCCAGAUGUCGCAAAAGAGUUAGCUGAUAGGAUUAGGGAUGACACGGUGGAAGGAGCUACUUGAUUUCUCGUGUUCGAUAAAUUAUGCUCAUCCGGUUGUAGACUUUUAUUAAAUUGUUCUUGCCAAAAUAUCGUCAUACCUAUUCCACUUAAAA